AUGACAACCAAUUCGACCCGUGUUUCUCGUCCAAGUCGAUCGCCAGAACAGUCCGAGCACAAGAAUACAGGCACAGCGCCUGUCCGCCCCUCCUCGGAGUGGACGACAUACGACACGAGUCCCCGCUCCUCCAGCCGGCGGGGAUCCCACGCAUACUCCCCGGAGCCCUCGCGGCGGGGGUCUCGAACGGACGACGAUCCGGCCGUGACCCGAGUCGUGCUGUCGAGCGGCGCCGGUCACAAGGAGGAACGCAGUCGCGGCAGCUGGGCAGACCAACCCUCAUUGAUGUCGGGCGAGCACUCGAGCUCUUCGCGCAACCACAAGCGCACUGUCCCGGACGAUCAUCUGGCCAAUGACAGUCAGGAUGCGCUGCUCAUGCUGUUCCGACUAUCUGUUCCUGUCCCAAUAUACUCCUUUGGAGCCUCUAUUUAUACCUGCUGUGCACUCCUCUUCGCCGUCCUAACAUCACCUCUUCGCCUCUGCUCAGUAUCAUCCUAUUUCCGCACCACCUCUUUCCCAUCUCAAAUCUGCGAUCUCCUCUCGCCCGUCUUACACAUCCACGAGCGUCUCGUGCACAUGCGGCCUCCAAUAUCAGAUCGGUCAUCCUCAACCCAAUGGAUCCGAUCUGAGGCAGAUAUCGAGAGUUCAGUGAUGGACAACUCUGACCGACCAUACUCAAUCGGCAUGUCCAUCGCUGUCCUCGUACUCUCCCCAUUCUUCAGCAUCGCCAUUCUGCUUCUGGCCUGGACCGCCGCCUUCUUCUGGAUUUUCACCAUGAUGAUGGGUAACCCGGACGGAACAGAGCGUAAAGACGAUGGCCGUGCCGCCGUCAUCGGCGUAUGCAAGUGGUGGAGGACAUGGUUGGGCAAAGCCCGGAAGUUAUCGUGA